AUGUGCGGCAUUACCUGUAUCCUUUCGCUCUCGGGCCCGAACAGCAGCCAACACGCCAAUGGCUCGCUCAAUGGCGCUCCUAAGGAACCAGAUACCGGCCUGGCGAAGGUAAAGAAGGAGCUUGAUGCAUCAAUGGCCCAGAUCAAGCACCGCGGACCUGACAGCUGCGGCGACUGGAUAAGCGACGAUUGUCGAGUAGCGCUAGGUCAUGUGCGCCUUAGCAUCAACGACCUGAACCCUUCUGGCUCGCAGCCUUUCAAUGCGCCGUCCCAAGGCAUCCACGCAGUAGUCAAUGGCGAGUUCUACGACUAUGACCGGAUUCGCGCCGAGCUUGAGAAGGAUACCGAUUACCACUUCACCUCCCGCUCAGACUCCGAGAUCGUCAUUGCACUAUAUUUGCAGCACGGAUUGAACUUCGUAGAGCAUCUGCGCGGCGAGUUUGCGUGCGUGCUGUGGGAUGAGCGGCGUGAGCUUUUCGUUGCGGUAAGAGACCGAUACGGCAUCAAGCCCUUGUUCUGGACUGUUCAGCCAGAUCCGGCGAAAGCUGGUGGGAGGAGAUUGUUGGUCGCCGCGGAGAUGAAGGCGUUCCUGCCGUUGGGCUGGGAGCCGCAGUGGGAUGUGAGGAGCUUGAAGGACGCCGGUUGGAACCACGACACCAGGACACUGUUUCAAGGUGUGCAGAAGCUACGGGCGGGUCAUUACUUAACGUGUCAGUCAUUCGGCCACAUCGAAGAGCGGCCGUAUUGGGAUUCGUCAUAUCCGGAUAAGCGUACCAUUGACCCUCGGACGCCAGAAGAGCUGAUCGAAGGCGUCAGGCAACGAAUGCUUGAGUCGGUCCGCCUACGUCUGCGCGCAGACGUGCCAGUCGGUGUCUAUCUUUCCGGCGGCAUUGACUCAUCUGUAAUUGCCGGCAUGGUCACGCAUUUGGUGAAGGAGCAGAACGUGUCGAUGGGCUCGGCUCCGGCGGAUGAGCGUGUGACGUGCUUCUCCAUCGCCUUCGAGGAGGAUAGCGGGUUUGAUGAAAGUAGUAUUGCCAAUCGAACUGCCGAGUGGCUCGGUGUGAAGUACAUCAAGAAGUUGAUGAACGAGGAGGAGCUCGCGAAACGCUUCGAAGAUGCGGUUUGGCAUUGCGAGCAACAUAACGCGGAUCUUAACUUCAUCGGCAAGUAUGCUUUGAGUGAAGUGCCACAGGAGGCUGGGUACAAGGUCGUACUCACUGGCGAAGGCGCCGAUGAGAUCUUUGCUGGCUACCCGUUGUUUCUACCCGAUUACUUGCGCGAGCCGGACAUGGCUUGGGAGAAGCACAACCCGCUGACGGAGGAUGGGAGAUUGGCGAAUUUGCAUUCGGCGGAAGAGGCUGACCAAGAGCAUUACCGCAGCAUUGGCGCUCAAGCCAGUACUGGUGAGCUUAGCAUAGCUCGUCGGAUGUUGAACGGCAUUUCAACGGUAGCCUCGAUGACUGCGUUCCAGCCAGACGUCUUUGCAGAUUGGACUGAGAAGGAGCACACUGCCUGUGACCCGCAGAUGACAAUUGCAUCCAAUCCUGACGGCGUAGCUCGACACCACAUCAACAAAAAUUGGCACACACUGCACUCAGCGCUUUACGUCUGGUCUAAAGGCCAUCUGCCCAACAUCUUCCUGACUUGUCUCGGCGAUCGGACGGAGAUGGCUCACUCAAUCGAAGCUCGGACGCCGUUCCUUGACCAUAAGCUUACCGAAUACGUCAACCAUCUGCCUCCGUCCACUAAGCUCCGUUGGUUGCCGGGUGAGGAGCGUUUCGUCGAGAAGUGGAUCUUGCGAGAGGCAAGCAAGCCUUUCAUCACAAAUGAGCUUUAUGAGCGUAAGAAGCAUCCGUACUCAGCGCCAACGAAGUAUCCCCGUGACGGACCAAUGCACCAGUUGAUCUCGCGUCUCAUCACGAGAGAUACUGUGGCAGAGCUUGGCUUUGUGAGUUGGGAGAAGGUUGCGGGCUUGGUGGAUGCGGCUUUUGGUGAGAAGGGAGAGGCAAAGGCGCUGAGGUUGGCGUUGGUGGUGGCGGAGUGGGUGGUGUUGGGGCGGCGGUUUGGGGUACAAGCGGCGGCUCCUGUCCGUUGUUAGUUUUCGAUAAUGAUGAAGCAGCUCAAUGUGAUCAAUGCUUAC